AUGCAUCUCCCAUCCUCGCUCCUCCUCCUCGCCGCGUCCCUGCCCCUGGGCAUGGCCGCUGGCAAGGGCAAAGGCAACGGCAAGAACUGCAAGGGCCUCGACGUGCUCGCCAAGAAGGCCGGCCUCAAGUACUUUGGCGCGGCCACCGACUCCCCUGGCCAGCGCGAGCGUGCCGGCUACGAGGAGGUCUAUCCCCAGUAUGACCAGAUCAUGUGGGAGUCGGGCGAGUUCGGCCAGACCACGCCCACCAACGGCCAGAAGUGGCUGUUCGCUGAGCCCACCCGUGGCGUCUUCAACUACACCGAGGGCGAGAUUGUGACGUCGCUGGCCAAGAAGCACGGCAUGUACCUCCGCUGCCACGCCCUCGUCUGGCACAGCCAGCUCGCUCCCUGGGUCGAGAGCACCACCUGGACCGCCGACGAGCUCCGCAAGGUUAUUGUCGACCACAUCACCAACGUCGCCGGCCACUGGAAGGGCCAGUGCUACGCCUGGGACGUCGUCAACGAGGCUCUGAACGAGGACGGCACCUACCGCCAGUCCGUCUUCUACAAGGUCCUCGGCGAGGAGUACAUCAAGCUGGCCUUCAAGACGGCCGCCGCCGUCGACCCCCAGGCCAAGCUGUACUACAACGACUACAACCUCGAGUCGCCCAGCGGCAAGACCGCCGGCGCCCAGCGCAUCGUCAAGAUGCUGCAGGCCGAGGGCAUCAAGAUCGACGGCGUCGGUCUGCAGGCCCAUCUGGUUGCUGAGGGCCACCCCACGCUCGACCAGCACAUCGAUGCCAUCAAGGGCUUCACGGACCUCGGCGUCGAGGUCGCUCUUACUGAGCUCGACAUCCGCCUCACUCUCCCCGCCACUGCCGAGAACCUGGCCCUUCAGAAGGAGGCCUACAAGAACGCUGUUGGCGCUUGCGUUCAGGUCGACGGCUGCGUCGGUGUCACCCUCUGGGACUUCUAUGACCCCUUCAGCUGGGUCCCUUACGUCUUCCCCAGCGAGGGUGCUGCUACGCUGUGGUUUGAGGACUUCACCAAGCACCCCGCCUACGACGGUGUUGUCGAGGCCCUGACCAACAAGACUAGCAACGGCAAG